AUGUCCGUUUUCGCAGCAGCAGCCGCGGCCGUCCCGCCACGUUACCCAGGCACAACAUCACAGCCACCACCCUACAAGUCAUCUGGCUCUCAACCCCUCUCAACAACUUCAAACCCACUCUCCAUGCCUCCGCCAGUCUACAGAACAACCAGCAAUACUACCACCACAUCAUCACGAUCUUCCUUUUCAGCACAAUCAAUAUCAACCAUCGCCCCGGCCGAACCACCACAAUACGCAUCCAUAAUCUCAGCACCGCGGCCAAUCCCCCAACCAACCGCUACCCGCCAGCCCAGAUCAUCGACCCCAACCUGGAAGGACCCGUACGUGGAGACCGACGCCGCGGACUCGGUGUACGAGCUUCAGCAGCGGAAUUCAAGGCAGCGAGCGCAGGAGGAGGAGGAAGAUGACACCAAGAAUUGGUGCUGUGGAUGCUUUUGGGUGGGUCCUUCAGUUCAACAGCCGUGGGUGGCUCAUCUAGUUCUCUGA